GAUCGUUUAGAGUUUAGAGACCGAAUGGCAUUGCACCAGCAUGACCUCGUUGUACCCGCCACUGCCGGCACCUGCGGCACCGGUACUCCCUGGUCCACAAGCUGCUGGCACGCAGAGGGCACAAAGCCAAGCUGAAGACCAAAACCGGCAGCGUUUGCUGCUGUCCUGCCACCUCCAAGAUCUUCUGAGUGCUGGGACAAGUGAGCCCGUUCGACGUCCGCUGGUCACUGAAAAGACGCAUGAUGCUAGAGAGCCCAUCACGCCGGGUCUUGUACUGGACGCACGCCAAAGCACUCGCUUUGCAGAGCGUUCAGUGCGCGACCCGGCUGAACGGAAGGCGAGCCUCAGGAGAGUUGCACCACAUCUGUGGGAAGCCACUCAGCGGACGGAGCCACCGCUCAAAGAGCAGCCUUUGCUUCUUUUGGGUGAUUUUCACUCUGCUCCCAAGGACGUCGGAGCACCUGGCACUUCAUGCAGGGUGGUUCUCUGGGACGAGAGCCGGCGAUGCUUCGCGUCCCACUGGCCUGGUGCUUUGCCUCCUGACUUUUGUAGUCACAGCUUUGAUGCUUUGAUGACCCAUGGGCCGUGGGAGCCGCUGCACAGCAAGAAGGGCCAAGUCACGCGAGAGACCUGCUGGUAUGUUCGCAAGGGCUGCCGUUGUGACUACACAUAUGGAAUUGCACGGGUGAGAGCCAAACGAAAGCAGACACAAGCUUUCCGAGCGGCCAUGGAAAUCCUUCUUGAAGAAGUCAUGCGCCGUGUUUGCCCUUCGCUUCCCAAAGAAGCAUGGCCCAACUGCGCCAAUUUGAACCUGUACACUGAAGCAUGGCAAUCUGUGGGUUGGCAUGCAGAUGACGAAUCACUCUUCAUGGGAAAGGACAGGGAUUGCCCAAUUCUGUCAGUAUCUCUUGGUGCCCGACGUGAGUUCUGGCUUGCAUUGCGGCACCAGGGCAACUGCAUGGACCCGCAAUUGAAGAGCAUCGUGGAGAUCGAUUUGCACAAUGGCGAUAUCCUCAGCAUGGAGGCACAACGGGCCAUGCCUUCUGCUCAAUUCUGCUCUUUCCAAUCUAGCGUCCUUGCUCCUAGUAGUAAGGGCCUUUGCCAGAAGCAUUGUGUUCACUUUGUGCCCUGCGAUGUGCGCAACAUCGAGUCAACGAGCCACGAUUCGGUCCGCGCUCGAAUCAAUGUCACCUGGCGAUGGAUUCGUGAGCACAAGCAGAGGUGUCCUCAGCAUGUUGAAGGGACAGAGCAAUUCUUCUUCGAAUCUAGCGGUCCACCUCGGGAUGAGCAGUUCUUUGUUCAUGCCUGGGCUGGCCAGUGUGCCAUGGCAUGGAAGCUUUGCGAUGGAUGCGAUCAUGAUGCGUGGCGUGGUGGGCGCAACUGUGUGAAGCAUCAGAAUCAGUGGCUUUGCCGCCUUUGCUAUGAACAUGCUUUAAGUGGUGCUCCGCCUCACCAGAAGGUCCCUCGCGACCGUCGGAGGCCAAGGAGACCUGGCCUAGCUGUCAUUGAAGCCCGGGCAGCUGCCGAAGAGGCUGACAACAUGCACGACAAGUUUCAGUUUCUGCCCCAGGAGUUCAACAACACCGGCGCCAGCAGGCCGGAUGCUCUUCAACAACUGAAUCCACUUUCAGCCGCCUUCUUCGUGCCAAGUUACCCCCAGGUGGUGGUGACCCCAAUGCAGAUUCAGCAGAUGCAGGCCUUGCGCCUCCAGCAGUGGUGUGAUCAUCAUGUGGAUAUAUGCAUAUAUAUAUUGUAAGGGCUUCGCCCGGGUGCCGCCGACCCCUUUUCAAGAGGAGUGGAGGCUGCGUGGCAUGCGCUAAAGCCCACAAAGGUGGAGAUGCCAAUGCCAAGGUUGUGCCCUGCGACCCCAGGAUAUACACCAACAACAGCAAUCACA